AUGCGCGCAUCCGAAGAAGAAGUAUCGUAUUACAACAAAGAAAGUAUUUCAAUCAAGAAUGAAGCAGAAGUUACGAUAAUUUCAACGAAUUUGGAUAAAGUAUCACUCGAUUCAGUUCAACCUCGACGUGCUGAAACGAUCAAAGUUAGCAUUCAAAAUCGUGACAAUCAGCAAGCAUUAUCACCGUCGAUAGCCGAACGUCGUCUCGAAAAGAAUGCCAAUGCAACGCUACCAGCUCCUCUCAGAACGGAUGCUGUUGCACCUACAUCAUCAACUUCAGUACCCAGCCCACCAGCUCCUCGUAAAGUCCGUCCGAUCAGUGUACCGAGAUUCUAUUUUCCGAAAGGGAAACCGAUUUCAAUGGCCGAAAAUGAGGCGUCGUUAAGGAGAGCGAGCGAUGUUUUCAGCAGAUUUAGUGGGAAGAUGAAAUAUGCAUCAAAUUAUAGGAUGACGAGUGCUGCACACGAUGAAGCAUCGCGAUUCAUCUAUGCCCUGGCGGGAUCAGAGAGGAAUUAUAUUGUCAAAGAGGACUUAGCACCUCUUUUACAAGACGUUAUUGACACGUUCCCUGGUUUACAUUUCCUUCGUGAGGCACAAGAAUUUCAUGCAAGAUACGUUGAAACUGUGACGGUGAGGAUAUUUUGGUCAGUCAACCGCUCAUGGUCGGGUCGUAUAACUGCUAAUGAAUUGAGGCGAUCAAACUUCCUCGAAACAGUUCGGAAGCUGGAAACAACAGAUGAUAUCAACACAAUAACCGAUUACUUCAGUUAUGAGCACUUCUAUGUGAUUUAUUGUAAAUUCUAUGAAAUUGAUAAAGACCAUAAUUUGAUUAUUAAUAAAAUUGAUAUGUCACAACACUGUAAUGGUGGUAAGUAUUAUAUUUGA